AAGUCACUGAGUGAACACAUUUUAACACUUCAACUCUUCAAUCUAACAUCUGAAUCAUUUACAACUGAGCUUCGUGUACAGAGCCCAGAAAAAGAAACUUGUUGAAAAAUGGAUAUGGACUUAGAAGCAGUCAUUCAACAACUUGAAGGCAUUAAUAUCCAACUGCAAAGGUAUCCGAAGCAAGGUCAGAAAAAACAACUGGCAGAGCACCAUGAAAAUAGCCGAACUCUAAAAGGAUUGGAUGCAAUGUCCAUGGCUAUGAAAGUGGCAAAAGAAGCCAUUUUAAUAGCCAAGGAAGCUUUGGGAAAAGAACUUCAGGAGCUAAACCAUAUGCGACCUGACAAAGCCUGGGAUGAGAAGUGUAAGAACAUCAAGGCAGAGCACUUAGCAGCAAGCCAGCAAAAUGGGGCACUGCAACAACAAAUUCAGGAGCUCAGGAAAAAACUCCAAAAUGAACCAGCUUUGGAGGAAAUGUGUAAGGUCAUGAAGGAGGAAACUGAGGUCAUGAGGCUCCAGAAUUACAGCAUACAAGAGGAGAUCCGGGAGCUCAAAGAAAAGUGCAGAAAUUUAAAUGCUUUGGAUAAAAUGUAUGAUCAACUGAAAGCAGAGAAUGUGGCGAUUAGCCAGCAAAAUGACAACCUGAGACAAGAGAUUCAGGAGAUAGCCAAAGAUCUCCGUAAUGAAAAGGCUCUGCAGGAAAUUAUUGAUCAAAUGGAAGUGUCAACAGUGGCCAUCAGCCAGCAGAACGCUGCACUGAAAGAACAACAGCAGAAGCUCUACAAAGAUUAUGAAGAUCAAAAGAUUUUCAGUGUCAUGUAUAGGGAGAAGUUGCACAUCGUGGAAGUUAUGCGCCAACAAAAUGAAAACAUCAAACUACGCAUUCAGAGCCUUACCAGAAGGAUCCAGAACAGAAAAGCCAUGAAGGACAAGUAUAAAGCCCUGAAAUCAGAAAAAAAAGAUGUUUCUGCAAAACAAAAUGAGCUUCUUAAAGAACUUCGUUCGCUCUACUCAAAGCAUGAUAGCAUGCCAGUCUAUGAAGACAAGUUUGGUCCACUGAGACAGGAGAUUGAAGCCUUAAGAAGACACAACGAUGAACUCCAUCAAAAAAUCAAACAGUGCAUUGAGGAGAUGGAAAACAAAACCGUCAUAGAGGAAAUGUAUAAAGAAUUUAAAGUAGAGAAAAAGAAUCUAACUCAGCGAAAUAACAUCCUGAAAAAAGAAAUUCAGAAGGUGGAGAAAAGUCUUGUAAAGGAACAAGCUUUGGUAGACAGGAAUAAUGUCAUGAAAGAAGAAAAUGAAGCCUUGAGCCAACAAAACGACACAUUACAACGCGAGGUUGAAGAGCUCUCCGCCAGACUACAAAGUGAACAAAUGCUGGAGGUCAUGAAUAAAUCGCUGACAAUGGAAAAAGAUGCCAUGGGCCGACGAAAUGACGUACUUCGACAAGAGGUCCAGGAGCUCAAUGAAAAGUUGAACAGCAAAAGAGCUUUAGAAAGUGCGGGCAACGCGAUAAAGGCUGAGAAAGAGAACAUCGGCCAAGAGCCCUCCGCACAUACGAUGCUUAGCUCACCUGUGAGGCUGGGAAAAUUCCAGCCUCACGCAAAAAGGUGCUGGUUCAAUUCCUGGGCCUAACGCUUUUUGUGUAGAGCUGGAUUUUUGUCUGCGUUUCUGUGUGAAGUUUGUAUGUUUUUCCCCGUGUCUGCAGUCUCUCCGGGUGCUCCGGCUUCCCCUACAUCAUAAAACAUAUUUAUAAUAUAGAUUCUAAAUUGGCCUAAAAAAACAAACAAUACCUAAAACCAGAGCAGCACAGUGGUGCAGUGGUUAGCGCUGUCACCUCAGAGCAAGAAGAUCCAGGGUUCAAACCUUGGUCCUCUGCGUUUCAGUGUUUAGUUUGUAUGUGUGUUCACUCCAGCUUCCCCUACAUCAUAAAACAUAUUUAUAAUAUAGAUUCUAAAUUGGCCUAAAAAAACAAACAAUACCUAAAACCACGGCAGCACAGUGGUGCAGUGGUUAGCACUGUCAACUCAGAGCAAGAAGAUCCAGGGUUCAAACCUUGGUUGUCUGUGUUUCUGUGUGUAGUUUGUAUGUUUCUCCCCGUGUCUGCAUGGGUUCACUCCAGCAUCCCCUACAUCAUAAAACAUGUUUAUAAUAUAGAUUCUAAAUUGGUCUAAAAAAACAAACAAUACCUAAAACGAGGGCAGCACAGUGGUGCAGUGGUUAGCACUGUCACCUCAGAGCAAGAAGGUCCAGGGUUCAAACCUUGGUCCUCUGCGUUUCAGUGUUUAGUUUGUAUGUUUCUCCCCGUGUCUGCGUGUGUUCGCUCCAGCUUCCCCUACCUCAUAAAACAUAUUUAUAAUAUAGAUUCUAAAUUGGCCUAAAAAAACCAAACAAUACCUAAAACCAGGGCAGCACAGUGGUGCAGUGGUUAGCACUGUCACCUCAGAUCAAGAAGGUCCAGGGUUCAAACCUUGGUCAUCUGCGUUUCUGUGUGUAGUUUGUAUGUUUCUCUGCGUGGGUUCGCUCCAGCUUCCCCUACCUUAUAAAACAUAUUUAUAAUAUAGAUUCUAAAUUGGCCUAAAAAAAACAAACAAUACCUAAAACCAGGGCUGCACAGUGGUGCAGUGGUUAGCGCUGUCACCUCAGAGCAAGAAGGUCCAGGGUUCAAACCUUGGUUGUCUGUGUUUCUGAUUUUGUAUGUUUCUCCCUGUGUCUGCGUGGGUUUUCUCCUGGUGGUCCAGCUUCCCCCCCACCGUCAAAAGACAUGCAGGUUAAUUGGUGACUCUAAAUUGUGCUUAUGUGUGUGAGUGGAUGUUUGUUUCUAUGUGCCCUGUUAUGCUGUUCAAUUUUCUCCCCUCUUUGCCACCUCCCCAGGUGUUCCAUUUUCCUCCUUAUAUAAUAUAUACAUUCGAAAAUGACCUAAAAAAAUAAAAAAUAAAAUUAAAA